AUGGUCAUCACUCUAAAUAUUCUCUACUUGAGUCAGCUUUUAGAGAAAAUGGCCAAGUCCAGCCUCUCUGAUCGCCCUGCUGAACUUGGGUGCUUUGGAAUUAUUCUACUCGGACUGUCGUACCUCUUCAUUAUCAUCACAUUUCCACUCUCUCUUUGCUUCACCACAAAGGUGAUUGCAGAGUAUGAACGUGCGGUUAUCUUUCGCUUGGGACGUAUCCUCCAAGGAGGUGCCAGAGGACCUGGUCUACUGUUCAUUGUUCCAUGCUUGGACCGUGUGCGUAAGGUGGACCUCAGGACAGUGACUUUCGAUGUGCCACCACAGGAGGUAAGGCUGAGGGAUUUAUUUGCUACCAAACUGGUCAUUAUGCUGUGCUUUAAUUUGUGGCUGUCUAGCUUCAUUAUUUACGACCCACCGACAAACCUAUGGCAGCAUUAG